AUGUCGUCGGACGAAAUUGUCUGGCAGGUUAUUAACCAGCAAUUCUGUUCUUACAAGCUUAAAACAACAAAAGAACAAAACUUCUGCCGAAAUGAAUACAACGUUAGCGGCCUGUGCAACCGCCAAUCCUGCCCCCUCGCCAACUCCCGCUACGCAACCGUGCGCUCCGACCCCGAAACAGGCGCCAUGUAUCUUUACAUGAAGACCGUCGAACGCGCCCACAUGCCAAGCAAAUGGUGGGAGCGCAUCCGGCUCUCCUCCAACUACGCGAAAGCGCUCGAGCAGCUUGACGAGCGCCUCAUUUACUGGCCCAAGUUCUUGGUGCAUAAGUGCAAGCAGCGCUUGACGAGGCUGACGCAGGUUGCUAUUCGCAUGAGGAAGCUUGAGAAGGAGGAUGGGAUGAUUGAGGAGACUGUGGUGCCGAAGUUGGCGCCAAAAAUUAGAAGGCGCGAGGAGACGAGGGAGAGGAAGGCGGAGAGUGCGGCGAAGGUGGAGAGGGCGAUUGAGAGGGAGUUGAUUGAGAGAUUGAGGAGUGGGGCGUAUGGGGAUAAGCCGUUGAAUGUGGAGGAGGGGAUUUGGAAGAAGGUGCUUAGGGGCUUGGAGAGGUCUGGUGAGGGUGAGAGGGAUGAGGAUUUGGAUGACGGGGAGAGGAUUGAGGAUGAGGAAGAGGAAGAGGAGGGCGUUGGGGAGGUGGAGUAUGUUAGCGAUGUGGAUGAGGAUCUGGAGGAUAUGGAGGAUUGGUUGGGCAAUGAGUCCGCCGGUUCGAGUGACUACGAUAGUGAGGAGGACGAUGAUGACAGUGACGAUGAGUCUGGCAGCGACGAGUCCAGCGAGGAGGAGAAGAAGCCUUUGCCUGGCAAGAGGAAGCGUCCUGCUCCUCGCGCGCAGCCCCGGAAGAAGGGACCAAAGAUCGAGAUCGAGUACGAAACCGAGGGAGCCGGCAAGGAGAAUGUGAUGGCUUAG